AUGGCAAAUCAUUCUUCAGAUAACAGACAUUGCUAUGACAUUGACUACGUCCAGUACGGACAGCCCAUCACAUCUGGGGUGAUGUUCUCGUCCGGUGUCCUGGGCAAUAUCGUGGCGCUGGUCCUGUUGGAGUUGCGGCGCAAGCAGACCAGUCCGUCCCUGUACCGGAGUCUGGUAACUGCGCUCCUCACGACGGACCUGCUUGGUUCCAUCUCUGUCAGUCCUAUUGUGCUGACAUCUUAUGCUCGGAAUACAUCUCUAGUGGGAAUGAAUUCAGACAAGGUGCUGUGCUCCUAUUUUGGCUUCAGCAUGACCUUCCUGAGCCUCUCCACGCUGGCGAUCCUGUGCGCACUUGCGCUCGAGCGCUACAUCUCCAUAGGUCACCCUUACCUUUACGAGAGGCACCUGAGUAAACGCUUUAGUUACAUCGCUAUUCCUCUUAUUUACCUGAGCAGCAUCCUGUUCUGCGUCGUUCCUUUUUUCGGUUUCGGUAAGUACGUGCAGUACUGCCCGGGGACAUGGUGCUUCCUGGAGAUGUGCCACGAUAAAGGGGGGACUAUAGUUUACAUCGUAUUGUACGCAUCUUUCAUUCUCAUCAUGAUGUCCAGCACGGUGGUGUGCAACAUAUCAGUCAUUAUCCACUUGGUGAGGAUGCACAGGAGGCGCAAAGGACGCAGUCGUGCAGUGUCGGCGCACACCAGGUACCACAGGUCUCUGUCCAUGACGGAGGAAGUGGAGCAUCUCCUGCCGCUGGCGAUCAUCACUGUGGUCUACAUUUGCUGCACCUUUCCAUUAGUGCUCCGAGUAUACAUAAACCUCUCAGGCAAAGGUGACAAGCAACUUGGAGGUGACCUUAGGGCUCUCCGUUUACUGUCUUGCCACACCAUCCUCAAUCCCUGGGUCUUCAUCUUCCUCCGCCCCACCAUUCUGAGAGUCAUCUGGAGGAAGUUGCGCAAACCGCACAAGUCAGCAUGCAUCUGGGGGAAGAGUUCUCAGUCCAAGCUGACUGAGGGAAGGUCCCACUGUGCAGCUCCAGAGGCAGGGAAAGGGGGAUGACUGGGGACAGG